AUGGCAGAGUCCAUCUCGGAAGGAACACUAAGCUCUUUCAGCAAGCAGGUUGGCGACCACGUUGAGCAAGACGAAGAGAUUGCGUCUAUCGAAACAGACAAGAUUGACGUGUCUGUCAACGCUCCACAGGCUGGUGUUAUUACAGAGUUUCUAGUUGGCGAGGGUGACACAGUUACCGUUGGCCAGGACAUUGCGAAGAUUGACGCUGGCGCAUCGGGUGGUGGUUCGGCAGAAGCUAAAGAGGAGCCAAAGUCCCCUGCAACCGACGCACAAGAAACAUCUUCUCAGCCUGAAGGACAGAAAGAACAGCCUAAGAAGGAGGACAAGCAAGAAAUAAAAGAGACUCCUCCACCACCUCCACCUAAAGAACCUGAGCCCGAGCCGAAGAAGGAAUCAAGUCCGCCACCGAAGAAGGAAGCGAAGAAGGAGCCAUCAAAGGAGACGUCGAAGCAACCUGAGAAGAAAGAUCCUAAAGAAUCUGCCGGUGGUCCUCCAUCACAGUCACCGUUUGGCAAAGGCAGCAGAGAUGAACAUCGAGUGAAAAUGAAUCGUAUGCGAUUGAGAAUAGCAGAACGUCUGAAACAGUCACAGAAUACUGCUGCCUCACUGACUACAUUCAACGAGGUUGACAUGACCGCCAUUAUGGAACUGCGCAAACGGUACAAGGACGACAUACUGAAGCAGCAUGGCGUCAAGCUAGGUUUUAUGAGCGCAUUUGCUCGGGCAUCCGUGCUUGCCAUGAAGGAGCUCCCAGGUGUCAACGCUUCGAUUGAGGGUCCGAAUGGUGGUGACACCAUCGUAUACAGGGACUAUGUAGACAUCAGCGUUGCCGUCUCUACUCCCAAGGGCCUCGUGACUCCCGUCUUGAGGAACGCGGAAAGCAUGAACAUGGUUGAGAUUGAGCAAGGUAUUGCUGAGCUGGGCAAGAAGGCAAGUCCACCACUCUACUGUGCUCGUGACGGCAAGCUCUCUAUCGAAGACAUGGCAGGCGGCAGCUUCACAAUAAGCAACGGCGGCAUUUUCGGCUCCAUGAUGGGUACACCAAUCAUCAAUCUACCCCAAACUGCUGUGCUGGGCUUGCACGCAAUCAAAGAACGACCAAUGGCAGUCAACGGCAAGGUCGAGAUCCGACCAAUGAUGUACUUGGCCCUAACUUACGACCAUCGUCUGCUUGAUGGAAGGGAAGCUGUUACGUUCUUGGUGUUAUUGAAGAAAUACCUCGAGGAUCCAGCAAGCAUGCUGUUGGGUUAA